GGAUGUUAAUAUAGGGUUUUUUUCGUGACCGACAACCAAUGCUCGUUAACCAAUCAUUAACCAUUAGCAGGCACGAUUAUGUUAAAUUAAAUUAGAAUGGAUAAGUGUCUGUGACCCAUUAAAAAUACCAAAAUUAGUUUUUCAGGGGGUUAGUUCUGAUUGCGCAAAUAGCAGCAUUAACAACAGAACAUGAGGAUUCACACAUCGUCAUAAUCGCUGUGACCGCUCCAUCUUUCAGUUUCAAAUGAUCUGUAAAUCCAGCGUAGAACUGAACUAGAACUAAAUAAGUCAGAAUACAUGAAAUAGCAUUAUACCCCCCCUUUAAUGUUAUAUUAUACCUAAUAAUACACUGCUGUUUUUUUUUUUUGUUUUGUUUUUUUUAAGAAAUUCAUACACAUUAAAUUGAUCAAAAGUGACAGUGUAAUGAUGGAUCGACAGAAUGUGGAUCCAUUUGCAGCUAGUUUAUUAAAAGUACUUACAGAGUAGACAGGGCAAAGGCAGAGGCAUAAACAGUAACAGGCAAUGGUCGGGGCAGGCGGCAGACAAACAGAGUCAGGGUACAGGCAAGGAUCAGGGCAGGCAGCAAACAAUCACAGUCCAGGAAACAGGCAAAGAUCAGGGUAGGCAGCAAAGGGUCGCAGGGAAUAAACAGUCCAAUCGGUAACAGAUAAACAGUCCACAGAAAAACGCUCAGAAAUGAUCACCUCGGCAAAUCAAGACUUCGCAAAGGGUGUGUGUGUGUGUGUGUCUUAAAUAGUCCAGGUAAUGAUCUGCAGGUGUGUGUGGCGAUUGGUGAUUGGUGCAUGUGAUUGGAAGGGAGGAUUAUGGGAAGUGGAGUCCAGGAACUGACAGGAACAGACAGUGAUCGUGACAUAACGCCCCCCUUCCGGAAGGCGCGUCCUCGCGGCGUAAAUGGCACAGAUAGGGAGGGGGGGUGGGUACAUUGGAGACCUGUUGGCAGACGGGAACGGGGUCUCCAAUGCAGGUCCAGGAACUCGGGCAGCCACGGCGGGUCAGGUGCCACGGGCAGCCACGGCGGGUCAGGUGCCACGGGCAGCCACGGCGGGUCAGGUGCCACGGGCAGCCACGGCGGGUCAGGUGCCACGGGCAGCCACGGCCGGUCAGGUGGCUUGGGCAACCACGGCAGGUCAGGUGGCUUAGGCGGCCACGGUAGGUCAGGUAGCUUGGGCGCCCACGGCAGGUCAGGGUCCGUAGCCGGCCACAGCAGUUCACAGGCGGUUGAAGACCGUGGGCGUGUAAGGUCCCCACCCGCAAGCUCAAGCAAUUCGGAGGCCGCUGAUGAUCGCGGCCGUGCAGGGUCCCCACCCACAAGCUCCCCACCCUCAGGUAUAUGGCCCCCCCCCAAAAAGUUCUUGGGGAAUUCAACGGAGGCCGUGGCGGUUUCGUGGGUAAGGAGCUCGGGUGGCGCCGGCAGGGCGAGGAGCUCGGGUGGCGCCGGCAGGGCGAGGAGCUCGGGUGGCGCCGGCAGGGCGAGGAGCUCGGGUGGCGCCGGCAGGGCGAGGAGCUCGGGUGGCGCCGGCAGGGCGAGGAGCUCGGCGACGGCCUCCGUGGCCGUAUCAGGAAGAGCGGGCUGCUCUGGGACGGCAGCGGACCGCUCUGGGACGGCCUCCGGGCUUACAACGGGCUCUGGGACGGCCUCCGGGCCUACAGCGGGCUCUGGGACGGCCUCCGGGCCUACAGCGGGCUCUGGGACGGCCUCCGGGCCUACAGCGGGCUCUGGGACGGCCUCCGGGCCUACAGCGGGCUCUGGGACGGCCUCCGGGCCUUGAGGGCUGGAGGAAGCCUUCUUCCUCCUCCUCCUCCGUUUGAAUGGUUGAGGCGGUGGCUCUGUGCCUACCUCCUCGGUGGGCGCUGCAGCGGGCUCACGGGGUGGAGCGGACUCACUGGCUGGGACGACCCCUAUGUUCCCAGACACUGGCGGGGCGGCCAUCUUGCCCGUGGGCACUGGCAAAGCAGCCAUCUUGUCCAUAGCAUCCCGAGAGUUUGAGUGCGUCGCAACCGGCGAGCUUGAGGGCGUCGCAACCGGCGAGCUUGAGGGCGUCGCAACCGGCGAGCUUGAGGGCGUCGCAACCGGCGAGCUUGAGGGCGUCGCAACCGGCGAGCUUGAGGGCGUCGCAACCGGCGAGCUUGAGGGCGUCGCAACCGGCGAGCUUGAGGGCGUCGCAACCGGCGAGCUUGAGGGCGUCGCAACCGGCGAGCUUGAGGGCGUAGCAACCGGCGAGCUUGAGGGCGUUGCAACCGACGAGCUUGAGGGCGUAGCGGCCAGCGGGCUUGAGUGCGAAGCGGCCGGCGGAGGCUUAGGAAUGCCAGCCGCUCGUGCUGAAGUCAGCGGUGGAUCAGCCACACUGGAACGCAACCCACCCUGCUCCCAAACAGAUCCAGAGACGUAACGUGACUCUAGAAGAACAGCGGGGACAUGACGUUGUUCUGGAAGAUCAGAGGAGACGUGACUUGGCUCACGGAGGUCAACUGUGACUUGACUUGGUUCAGGAUAAUCAGCGCUGACUUGACUUGGUGUUGUUAUUAUGGUGGCCGCCAUUUUGUGAGCGUCAUCUGGCGCGGCGGCCAUUACGUGAAUGGAUGAAGUGUCGCAUUUCUCCACGACACCCACAGUAAAUGGAGAGCCAACAGUCAAUAAAGCAUAAUCCAAAAACAGACUUAAAGAUGAACGGGGUCCCUCACGAAUGAGUUGUUUUUUAAGUGGCUGAUUGAUGCCCUCACAGAAAAAGUCUAUGAGCACGCAGUCCGGCAGAUCUGACCAAUAAGCAAUGUUCAAAUAUUCUGUGAUAUAAUCCUCUAUCGAUCGUGUGCCCUGCGUGAGUCCUAAUAACAAUUGUGCGAUGUUCCUACCGGGCCAUUGUUCUUCAGGAAAGCCGCUGGAUCCAUGUGUUGGCGAAGUCUUCUGUAAUGAUGGAUCGACAGAAUGUGGAUCCAUUUGCAGCUAGUUUAUUAAAAGUACUUACAGAGUAGACAGGGCAAAGGCAGAGGCAUAAACAGUAACAGGCAAUGGUCGGGGCAGGCGGCAGACAAACAGAGUCAGGGUACAGGCAAGGAUCAGGGCAGGCAGCAAACAAUCACAGUCCAGGAAACAGGCAAAGAUCAGGGUAGGCAGCAAAGGGUCGCAGGGAAUAAACAGUCCAAUCGGUAACAGAUAAACAGUCCACAGAAAAACGCUCAGAAAUGAUCACCUCGGCAAAUCAAGACUUCGCAAAGGGUGUGUGUGUGUGUGUGUCUUAAAUAGUCCAGGUAAUGAUCUGCAGGUGUGUGUGGCGAUUGGUGAUUGGUGCAUGUGAUUGGAAGGGAGGAUUAUGGGAAGUGGAGUCCAGGAACUGACAGGAACAGACAGUGAUCGUGACAGACAGUAAAAACUUCUAUUAUAUUGCAAAGGAUUUCCAUUUCAAAGUUCAUUCAUCUAAGUAUCCUAAAAAAAAAAAAAAUGUAUCAUGGUUUCCUCAAAAAUAUUAGGGCUGCCCACUAAAAAACAUUAGUCGACGAGAAGAAGCUUGGUCGACUAAAUUUUAAUUAGUCGGUUAUAGUCGCAAAAAAAAAAAAAAAAAACUCCACAGGAGAAGUCACACAGUGACAGAUCGUUAACACGGCUGUUCCAUGCGGUAAUAUGAUGGAAAGAAAAUCCAAAGUGCGGGAACAUUUCAAGAGGGUAAAGAAUGACUGCUGACAUGCCACCUCAAACAUGACUUAUUUAAACACUUUACAUGGCCGUUUGAGCUAACGUUUUCAUAGAUAAAUGUGCGCUAAUAUUAUGCGCAUAUCCAAGUGUUUGUGUGGAGAAGCUAAAUUAGUACAGCGCUUACUGCACAACAAGUUAAACUUAAUUUUCCCAUCUAUGCCAUUGGAGCAUAUCUUCUCAAAGGCUGGUGUUACGGCUUCAUUAUAAGUAACACACGGAGCUCACUUCUCUCCGACAACGUGGACAAACUUGUGUUCCUUUCUCAUAAUAUGCGAAAACUGAGAUCAGUAGGUGGGGAAAAAGUGAUGGUGAGUUAGGUAUAGCCUAAUUGCCCAUAUUGUAGUGUUUCAGUUUGCUACUAUACAUUUUAUUUAUUCAUUU